AUGGAGCCCAUCCAGAUCAUGAAUGAAUAUUUUCAGACAGGGGAUCUAAUCAUAGGAGCAAUUACAACUCAGUAUAACUGCGUUUUUGAGAAACCAUCUUUCAGUGAAAAUGUCAAAAUGAAGCCUUUAUGCGAACUUGUUCUGAAGCUGAAGAACUACCAGCAUGUCCUGACUAUGGCAUUUGCAGUGAAGGAGAUCAAUGAGAAUGCCCAAAUCUUACCAAACCUCACCCUGGGCUUCCACAUCUAUGACAGUUAUUCCAGUGCAAGGAUGACUUAUUACAGUACUUUGAAGCUUCUUUCUACUUGGAGAAGAACCAUUCCUAAUUUCAGUUGUGAGAAGGCAAAAGGACUGAUGGCCCUGGUUGGGGGAUUAGACUCUUCUGUCUCCUUCUAUAUGGCUACCAUCACAGGCCUCUACAAAAUGCCACAGAUUGCCUAUUCUGUAUUUGCUCCAAUAAUGAAUGCUAGCACAGAGCUGCCUUUCUUGUAUCGGAUGAUGCCAAGUGAUGUAGCUCAAUAUUCAGGAAUUGUACAACUUCUUUGGCAUUUCCAGUGGACAUGGGUUGGGGUCAUUGCAACAGAUGAUGAUGAUGGAGAAAAGUUUGUAGAGACCUUAACUCCACUGCUGUCUCAGCAUGGCAUCUGCACAGCCAUUGUUGCACAUAUACCAGCCUUAUCUCAUUAUUUAAACUACAUGGGCUUAUUGAUGAAAACAUCACCGGAAUCCAUUUUAUUAACCUCAUCUGAAGUUAAUGUAUUUAUUCUAUAUGCGGACUCUAGGACUAUAACAUGUAUUAAAUGGUUGAUGUAUAUAGAUAAGCUAGUAGAAGGCAAUGAAACUAUAUCAGUAAGUAAAAUCUGGAUUAUGACAGCCCACUGGGAUUUCUCAUCAGACAUAUUGCAUAAGUAUUUUGAUAUGCAGUUCUUCAGUGGUGCCUUGUCUUUUGCAAUUCACUCAAAUGAAGUGCUGGGAUUCACACAUUUUCUGCAGGUUGUAGAUCCUCAUUCAGAUAACAAUGAUCAGUUCAUCCAGGUUUUCUGGGAACAGGCAUUUGACUGUUCACUUUCUGGUAAUAAUGGAAAAGAAUGCACUGGGCAAGAGAAGCUGAGCCAUCUGCCCGGGGUUCUUUUUGAAAUGAGCAUGACUUCCCAGAGUCACAGAAUUUACAAUGCCAUGUAUGUCUUAGCACACGCUUUGCAUCAGAUCUACAAACCCAGGCCAAAAACAAGAGCUAUGGUUGACAGAGGUCAUCUGGCUCCUCUGAAUCUGCAACCUUGGCAGAUUCACCCCUUCUUGAGGAGCACCUCUUUCAAUAAUAGUGCUGGGGAUAUUGUGUCUUUUAAUGAAAAUGGUGAAUUAACAGCCGGAUAUGAUAUUCUAAACUGGAUUAUUUUCCCAAACCAAUCCUUUUUAAGAGUGAGAGUAGGAAAGAUGGAUCCACAGGACAAAGAACUCAUCAUUAAAACAGAUACCAUCAUAUGGCAUAGUUCAUUUAAUCAGGUGCAACCACUUUCUAUCUGCAAUGAGAACUGCCAUCCAGGUUACAGCAGAAGAAAGAAGGAGGGGAAGCCAUUUUGUUGCUAUGAUUGUGUUGCGUGUGCAGACGGGAAGAUUUCAGAUCACAUAGACACAGAUGAUUGUUUCCAAUGCCCAGAAGACUGCUACCCAAACAAAAACCAUGAUCAGUGCCUUCCCAAGAGAAUUAACUUCCUUUCUUUCACUGAACCUUUGGGGAUCAUAUUAAUCUUCUUGGCUCUGACUUUAUCUCUGAUCACAAUUUGGGUGCUUUGGAUAUUCACAACACAUCGGAACACUCCCAUUGUCAAAGCCAACAAUCGGGAUCUAACCUACUAUCUGCUUACUUCCCUCCUGCUGUGCUUCCACUCCUCCUUCCUCUUCAUUGGCAAGCCUCAGAACCUGACCUGCUAUUUGCGACAAACCACUUUUUCCAUCAUUUUUUCAGUAGCUGUUUCUUGCAUACUGGCCAAAACUGUCACUGUGGUUCUGGCUUUCAUGGCCACCAAGCCAGGAUCCAGAUUGAGGAAAUGGGUAGGAAAAAGACUGGCCAACUUUAUCCUUCUUGGCUGCUCCCUGAUUCAAGCUGGGAUUUGUGCUGUAUGGCUAUGGAUAUUUCCUCCUUUCCUAGAUUUUGACUUUCAUGCUCUGGCUGAAGAAAUUGUGGUGGAAUGCAAGGAAGGAUCAGAUACCAUGUUUUAUUGUGUUCUGGGCUACUUGGGUUUUCUAGCCAUUGUUAGCUUCAUUGUGGCAUUUCUUGCUAAGAAACUGCCUGACAUUUUCAAUGAAGCCAAAUUUAUCACCUUCAGCAUGUUGGUAUUUUGCAGUGUGUGGUUCUCUUUUAUUCCAUCUUACUUGAGCACCAAGGGAAAAUACAUGGUGGCUGUGGAGAUCUUCUCCAUCUUGGCUUCUAGUGCUGGAUUACUGGGCUGUAUUUUUUUCCCUAAAUGCUACAUAAUUCUAUUUCAGCCUAUGUUAAACAGCAAAGACCAGGUCAUUAGAAGGAAAUAG